GUUUGUAUGAACUGGCAGCAUCUUUGCUUGAAUUUCAAGUAUCUAUUAAAGUGUCAUUCUUUGAAUGUCAUCACACUUGCUAACUUUUACGUGAUAUCUUGAUAUUUUUCAAAGACUUAAGAGGUUCAAAAAAAAAAAAAUGGGAAGACAACCAUGUUGUGAUAAAGUUGGUUUGAAGAGAGGACCAUGGACAAUUGAAGAAGAUCACAAGCUUGUGAAUUUUAUCCUUAAUAAUGGGAUUCAUUGUUGGAGAAUGGUUCCUAAACUUGCAGGUCUUCUAAGAUGUGGAAAAAGUUGUAGAUUGAGAUGGAUUAAUUAUUUGAGGCCUGACCUUAAGAGAGGUGGUUUUACUGAAAUCGAAGAGGAUCAAAUUAUACAGCUACAUGCCCGUCUUGGUAACAGGUGGUCAAAGAUUGCUUCACAUUUUCCUGGAAGAACAGACAAUGAAAUUAAGAACCAUUGGAACACAAAAAUCAAGAAGAAGCUAAAGUUCCUUGGAUUAGACCCAGUGAACCACAAGCCAAUUGAGCAAAAGCAACAAACCCUUGAUGAUGAUAAAAAUAUUAUUAACCAAGAACCAAAUAUUUCAGAAGAGUUUGAAGAAAAUAUGGAGAUGAAAUCUUUGGUAAGUGAUGGCACAAAAGAAAUGACCAAAACGGAAUUGAAAAGAGAAGAAAACAAAGUGGCUUGGGAUGAUACUUCUGAACUUUUGAACAAUUUUGAAAUGCUAUGUUCAAAUUUGGACUUGGAGACAUGGAUGAGCCAAGACACCAACACUAGUGCAAAUUCUGUUUCUAGUUCUUCUGUCUCUCUUGAUAAUACUAGCCACAUUUCUAUUGAUGAAUCCUCUUACCUUCAACAAAAUUCAUUGCAACAAUGGGUUGAUAGUAUGGAUUCAUUUAUCCCAUGGGAUGGCUUCAAUCUUCUUGACCAAGAUAUUUCUUUUUUUGGAAAAUAAGGAAUAAAUAACCUAUAAAACACUGACGCAGACAUAAUACUGACACAAACACGUCAACACUGAUAAAAAUUCGAGAAAAUGAAAAUAUUAACAUGUAUUAUUGACUUGUGUCAGAGUCAUAUUGAUGUCCGACGCCUAAACUUCAGACACACCUUCACUCCCUAAAGCAAUAAAAUGUAACAGUGAUGUAUAGAACAGUGACACUUUUAUCUAUCCCUGCAUUUUGUUUUUGGUUGCAUUGAUGCUUAAUGUGAUGAUGAUUCAAUAUUGAAUAUUUAUAUAUAUUUUUCUUGGAUUCAGCUCCUCAACAGCAUCCCUCAAUUCCACCACAUGUGGGGCUCAAGACUUGAUAAGAUCAUCCCUUUUUCUUGUCUCCUUUGUUCCUAUGUAUUAUCAAAGUUGUCACACUCAUCAUCAUGGAGAGUUC